CGUAAGUUAAAUAUGUUAUAAAUUGUAAUUAUAAAGUAAAAUCGAAAAUGAGGGGGCGCUGUUAUCGUUGAUGACAUCAUGAAUAGCAUCACCAACAACUCUUAUCAAAAUGGCAGCAACAAGGAGGCUUCAGAAAGAGCUUCAGGACAUACAAAAAUCAGGAAUAAGAUCUUUUAGAGAUAUCCAAGUUGAUGAGACCAAUAUUUUAACCUGGCAAGGUUUGAUUGUACCAGAUAAUCCUCCAUAUAACAGAGGUGCAUUCAGGAUAGAAAUAAAUUUCCCUGCUGAAUAUCCAUUUAAACCACCAAAGAUAACAUUUCGGACCAAAAUUUACCAUCCAAAUAUCGAUGAGAAGGGGCAGGUUUGUCUACCCAUAAUUAGUGCUGAAAAUUGGAAACCUGCUACUAGAACCGAUCAAGUCAUUCAGGCACUCGUGGCCCUCAUCAACGAUCCUGAACCGGAACACCCCCUUCGGGCUGACCUAGCUGAAGAAUAUUCGAAGGAUAGAAAGAAAUUUGUGAAAAACGCUGAAGAAUUCACAAGGAAAUAUUCAGAGAAGCGACCGCCUGACUAAUAAUCUAUUUCCUCUGGUUAAUGUACAAUAUGUACUGCUCAGCAAAUUCAUCUUUACAUUUGGCAUACUUUAGGAGACAGUUUGCACCCGAGAUUACCACUCCACUUUACCCCAAUAUUAAUCAUCACUGUUAUAACAAAAUUAGCACAAGAACCUAAAUGUAACAUACAGCCUUUAUUCUGUUUUUCUUCAUUCAGCUGCCGAUUAAAUACAAUAAUUGGC